AUGUCUCCUAUUACAUGUUCUAAUAUUUUUAUGGCCAAGUUGUGUAUUGAAAAAGGUGCAUUUGAAAAUACUUCCCCAUUCAGCGCCCUAACUUCUAAUGACUUUUUGGAGGUUGUGUGUCAGAUAUUUUCAAAGAACAUUGCUAUUAAAUAUUACGAAAAUGCAGAAAGAGAAGUCAACGACUUUAAGACUAAACAGGCAGAAAGCAAACACUUUGGUUUCUGGUAUCUGGUUGGAAAAUGGAACCUCAAAAAGAUAGUAAAAGAAGAAUUUGCUUCAUCACCACAUCAUCUAAUUAAUGUAAGAAAAAGAAUUCAAGAAUCCGAGAAUCGUUUACGGUUUGCCAAACGUGUCAAGGCCAGUUUAAAACCAAACAAUGAGUUUAAUAAAUUCAUUGAAGUAGUCAUAAGUUCUGAUUUGGAACAUUUGCCUGAAAAUAAACCACUCUGA